UUCUAGGGCUGACACGUCUAGUCUAUUUACUCCGGACACCGUGUUUCGCUUGACCGCAACUUUUCCUCCCGAAACACCUCGCGGAAAUGAGACACUUCGGAUUCAUCAGCAGCAUAAUCAUCGCUGCAAACAUCGCAAGGGCCCAAUCGCAAAAUGAAACCGGCGAGCAUGCUGGGUGGCCCCGGUGGUGCGGUAAAGUCUAUGAAUCGGGGUAUCCAUCUUUCGAGCCCGGGGGCCACACGACGGAGCCCACUCCUAUUAAUCCAGAUGGGUCGCCAAAUUUACAUAUUCUAUUUAAGCCUCGUCACAGCAUCUACCUAGAGGGAGAGUCAAAGGGGUCAUUCGUCGUCAAUGCCGCAUUGUCGCCUUGGUUCGGCGGGCCUUGGGUAAAUUCCACGACUGAUGGGGGAUCGGCGUCAGAGCCGUUCACGGAGCUCUUCUUUUCAAUCAGUCUGGGCUCCGCAGGAAAUGUCAUUUCUCCGCCUUUUGUGGAGAGUACUAUACCGAUCAACACCACCGGGGCUUCUUUCGACUUUGAUCUGUCUUUUUUUGAGCCAAGCACGGAGCCGUACGAGGUGCUCCUUUCCGGAUCGUCGCGGUACGGCGAUCAGAAUUACAUGGUGACUAGCUCAUUCCGGUACCUCCCAGACAUUGCCCCGGAUGGAAGCGCAACUAAAAUCGAUAACCUAAACGGCGGCGUGUUAUUUCGGAGCCCGCAAACGGAUAGUGCAUUUGUGCCGUUGUUUCCCUAUGGGUUUUAUGGUCUGUAUAACGGGUCUAAUAGCACGUCCGAAAGCGAUGGAUUUGUGAGCGAGUAUUCUAGUGAUGGGAAUGGUCUAAAUGCUAUCGUCUCGCUGGCUGGUUUCGCCGACACGAACCCUGUGUAUGACAGUAUGGAUGCAUCUACCAUGCGCUUCAUGUUUGACUUGCGGGGCUCGUACAAGAACUUGACGGAAGUCGAGCAGCGUGUUAAUACUAUCAAACACCAUAGCUCCCUCUUUGCGUACUGGACUGCUGAUGAGCCCGAUGGCUGGCAAGUCCCCUUCGACGUGACUCCCGCAGCUCAAGCCUUAAUACACGACCUGGACCCGUACCACCCAGUCGCCGUCACACUCAACUGCCAAGACUACUACUUCGGGGAGUACACCACCGGCGCAGACAUCAUCAUGACAGACCCGUACCCCAUAGCCAUCAACAGCACCUUCUCCAAAUGGGGCACGGCCUGCAACGCCACCCUCGGCGACUGCGGCUGCGACAACUGUGCCGGCAACGUCCAAGACGUCUCCUCCCGUCUCGACGGCCUCACCCGCUACGAAACUUGGCUCGGCCGCUGGCCCUUACCCAAGUUCAUCAACCCCCAGGCCUUCCACGGCGAAGACUACUGGUUCCGCGACCCGACGCCCGCCGAAGCGUUCGUCAUGAACGCGCUCGCGUUUAAUCGCGGCGCGACGGGCGUUUUUGCGUGGACGUGGCCCACGAGCCAGGAGCUGUUCGAUGCGCACUCGCAGAUGGCGGGCACGGUUACGAAGGCGCCGGUUAGCGAGUUCUUGCUGAGUGGAAGACCGGGUGGGUUGGUGCGCGUUGCGGAGUACGAGCUUCUUGAUGUGGCGUACUGGAGUAGGGGGGCGCAGAUGAUGGUUAGUGUGGUGAAUGGGGCUGAUGGUGAGAUUGCGGCGCCGUUGACGAUAGCGCUUCCUAAGAAGGCUAGGGGUGUAGCGGCGGUGCCGUUUGGGGGCCUGGAGUGGGAGCUGGCGGAUGGGGGGUUGAGGAUUGGGACGCUUCCUGGUAUGUCGGUUAGUUUUGUCAUUGUUGACUUGGAAUAGGGGAAAUAGGGGGUAGUGGUAUGAGGUAGACUACCUACCUAGGUAUGCUUGAAGCUUAUUGUUGAGAGAUACGCCGCAUCUGAUACAUUGGCAUAAUGUGUUCCGCG